CAAAGUAUUUGACUCCAUUUCUAAAUACUGGACUCCAAAUGAUAAAGUCUAAAAAUAUUAUAAAAGAUCUUUGUUUUUUUACCUUAGGACCCUUAUUUUCCUGAGAAAAUGCCUACAACAGAGAAAACAUUGAUGUUCUUAGCAAGCUUUUUGGCAAACUUGGCAUCUUUCAUCGUAAUUUGCUCUGUUCUUGGGACUCAAGAAUGGAUGAGCAGUGCAAUUGCCGUUAGCGACUCUUCUUCAAAUGGCAGUAUUGUUAUCACCUAUGGACUCUUUCGUGGUGGGAGUACUCAAGACGGGAGUGCUGGACUUUUAGAACCAGACAAAGAAUUUGAAGUUCUAGGGGUAUUGAAAAAUUCUUCCCAAAAAACUCUGCAUGUGUUGGUUAUCGUGUUCCUGAUCCUCAGUUUGGUCACUUCGCUGCUGAGUUGUGCAUUUACCCUCUACAACAGCAUCAGCAACCCCUACCAGACGUUCCUGGGACCAGUGGGGGUGUACACGUGGAGCGGACUCAGCGCAUCCUUAACUUUCGUGACCAUGAUGCUGUUUGUGGGGAACAUACAAGCCAAACAUCUCUCGCAAGAGCUGAUUGAGGCACUCUACUCGUCCUAUCCAAGAUCCACUCACAAAGGAGUAACUCACCGUUAUGGAUAUUCAUUUUGGCUCAUGCUGCUCAUCAUUCUUCUAAAUAUAGUCGCCGUGGUCAUCAUCAUUUUCUACCAGAGGGCCAGAUACCAGCGGAAGCAGGAGCAGAAAAAGCCGAUGGAAUAUGCUCCAAGAGAUGGGAUUUUAUUCUGAAUUCUGUAUUAUGCCGUUUUGUCAGUAGGUCUGUUCUGUUGUACCUCAGCUCCCCAAGCAGUAACUGGCCCGCUCGUCUAACAAUCAGCGUGGGAAAGUGUGGUCCUGAUUGACUGUCAUUUUGUGAUAGUUUUUGUAUCUCAUGACCUAUGUUCUUCGUAAAUGAUCUGCCCUUGUAAAGGUUCUUUCCAUGAGGGCAAGGAAGGUGAAAGGAAAGCUCUUCAGUCCAUGUAGUGUUCAAAGUGGAGUGAUGAGGAGUCUAUGGGUCCUUCUGGCCCGGUCUCACUAUCUGAAAUAAUAAAGGUUUGUGUUACAUACUUUAA